UGAGGUUUGAAGAAAAAAAAAAAGUCUCAACUCAAACUGUGCAGAGGAGGAACAGGAGGCUGAGAGUCCUGCUCGGGUUUCUGUCGGUUUCCAGCGGGGCGGGUUUUUGUUUCAGCUCCGGGAAGUUUGGGACGCGGACCGUGCGCUUCUGCGUGUAGAAGUUUGUCAGUGAAGCGGACCGCGGAGCGCAGAGAGAGGCGAGCAUGUCAACUUCAGACGAGGCGGACGGACUGCGGCCGAGAUAUGGCUCGGUUCUGGAUGGCGUGGAGCGGCUCACAGCUGAGGAGAUGGAUGAGCGGCGGCAGCAGAACAUGGCCUACGAGUACCUGUGUCACCUGGAGGAGGCAAAAAGAUGGAUGGAGGCGUGUCUGGACGAGGAGUUGCCUCCUACCACGGAGUUAGAGGAGGGACUGAGGAACGGUGUCUAUCUGGCCAAACUGGGCAACUUCUUCGCACCAAAGACCGUCUCCCUCAAGAAGAUCUACGACCGCGAGCAAACGCGUUACAAGGCAACAGGUCUCCAUUUCAGACACACAGAUAAUGUCAUCCAGUGGCUCAACGCCAUGGCAGAGAAGGGCCUGCCAAAGAUAUUCUACCCUGAAACCACAGACAUAUAUGACAGAAAGAACAUGCCACGCUGCAUCUACUGCAUACAUGCACUCAGCCUGUACCUGUUUAAGCUGGGCCUGGCUCCACAGAUCCAGGAUCUGUAUGGAAAAGUCGAUUUCACUGAGGAGGAGAUCAACAACAUGAAGAGUGAGCUGGAAAAGUAUGGAAUCCAGAUGCCCGCCUUCAGCAAGAUUGGCGGGAUCCUUGCAAAUGAGCUCUCGGUGGAUGAAGCUGCAUUACAUGCUGCUGUGAUCGCCAUCAACGACGCCAUCGACCACGGCAUUCCAGAGGGAACACUGGCUGCCAUGCACAACCCAAAUGCCAUGCUGGUCAACCUAGAUCCUGACUCUGCCCGCCUGUAUCAUGACACUCUGUAUCAGGCCAAAGGGGAGAAGGUGGCCAGCUCACGUAAACGGCAAAUGGAGAAUACUGAAGCCGAGAGAGACAUCUAUGACGAGCUUCUAACCCAGGCAGAAAUCCAGGGCAACGUCAACAAGGUCAAUGUGAGUAAUGCCUUGAGGGCAGCUGAAGAGGCUUUGCUGAGUGGCAAUGAGGAUAAAUUGUAUGAGGCCCUCAAAGCCAUGGGAGUUCAGAACCUGCAGCCCGGGAACAAAGGCUGGUACCUCAAACAGCUACAGGCUGACCGAGAGAAUAAAGAGCAGGCGUCUCCAGGAGAGGCUCUGACAAAGGAUGAGUUGCAGAGUGGUGUGGAUGUGGCCAAUGAGAUUGCAGAAGGCUACCUGAAGAUGUUUAAGGCAGUGGAACGCAUCAACGCCGCCAUCAGAGCAGGUGUGCCAGACAGAACAGUGGAGGAGUUAAUGAACCCUGACGCUCAGCUACCUGAGGUCUACCCCAACGCGGCGGACCUUUACCAGAGAGAGCUAGUCAGCCUACAGCAGCAGAGUGCCGAGGGCUCGCUGUCUCACCCUGAGCUGCUUGUUGCUGUGGAGAUGCUGUCAGCGGUGGUGCUGAUGAACGAGGCAUUGGAUGUCGGGGACCGAGCUGCCCUCUGGAAACAGCUGUCCAGCUCUGUCGCCGGACUCAGUAAUGUUGAGGAUGAGUAUGCACAGAGGUAUAUGGAUGAGCUGAUGCGUCUCAAGGCAGCCGCCAGGGAGCAAGGCAGUGAAUAUCUGACCUGGAACGACAUCCAGGCCUGCAUCGAUCAGGUCAACCUGGCUGUGCAGGAAGAGCAUGAACGCAUCGCUGCCAUUGGGCUGAUCAAUGAGGCCUUGGAUGAAGGGGAUCCAAUGAAGACCCUGGCCAUGCUGCAGAAUCCCUCGGCUAAGCUCACCGAUGUGGACCCAUCUGUGGCUCAGCACUACCAUGAUAAGCUGCUGGAGGCCCGCAGAGAGAAGGCCCAUGAGACCCAGGAUCCCUCUGCUGUGCUGUGGCUGGAUGAGAUUCAGGAUGCUAUUCUGAAGGCUAAUCAGGACACACAGGAAGCCAUACAGUUUGCGCAGUCCAUCCAGACAAUUAAUGAGGCAGUGGACACUGGCGACACGGCUCAGACCCUGGCGGCUCUGCGUAACCCUGGGGCAGGACUGUACGGUGUCACAGCAGAGUGUGCACAGACCUACCAGGAUGACCUGGCCAGGAUCAAAGAUGAGAAAAAGAAUGAAGGUGACAAUGGCAGUGACUGGGUGAAGCACUGGGUGAAGGGAGGACACAACUACUACUACAACCUGAAUACCAAAGAGGGCACCUGGGUGGAACCAGAAGACUUCCUGCAGAACAACAUGCAGCUCAACAAGGAGGACAUUCAGUCUGUGGUUUCUGGAGUAACCACAGCCUACAACAGAGAGCAGCUGUGGCUGGCCAAUGAGACUCUAAUAACAAAGCUGCAAGCUCGUUGUCGCGGCUACUUGGUUAGGAAAUCCCUAAAGGAGCGAAUGGACUUCCUGAAGUCUCAAGAACCAGCUGUUACAUGCAUACAGGCCCACUGGAAAGGCUACAAACAGAAGAAGAAGUUCAAAGACCGCAAACAUUUUCUGAAAGACCAUUCUGAAGAUGCUGUGAAGAUCCAGUCCAUGGUUCGGAUGCAACAAGCUCGUAAAAAAUACAAAGAUCGUCUCAAGUACUUCCAAGAUCACGAGAAUGAUGUGAUAAAGAUCCAGGCCUUCAUUAGAGCCAACAAAGCAAGGGAUGACUACAAAACACUGACCAGUGCUGAGGAUCCUCCGAUGGCAGUGGUGAGGAAGUUCGUCCACCUGCUGGACCACAGUGACCAGGACUUUCAGGAGGAGCUGGAGCUGAUGAGGCUACGUGAGGAGGUGGUCACCAACAUCCGCUCCAACCAGCAGCUGGAGAACGACCUGAACAUGAUGGACAUCAAAAUUGGACUGCUGGUAAAGAACAAGAUCACCCUGCAGGAUGUGGUGUCGCACAGCAAGAAGCUGACUAAGAAGAACAAGGGCCAGUUGUGUGACAUGAUGAUGAUGAACAAGCAGAGGGGAGGCCUGAAGGCUCUCAGCAAGGAGAAGAGGGUGAAACUUGAAGCCUACCAGUACCUGUUUUACUUGUUACAGACCAACCCCACUUAUCUCGCCAAGCUGAUCUUCCAGAUGCCACAAAACAAGUCUACAAAGUUCAUGGACUCUGUAAUCUUCACCCUGUACAACUAUGCCUCUAAUCAGAGAGAGGAGUACCUGCUCCUCAAACUCUUCAAAACGGCUUUGCAGGAGGAGAUCAAGUCAAAAGUGGAUCAGAUGAAGGAGAUUGUUACAGGAAACCCUACAGUAAUCAAGAUGGUGGUAAGCUUCCACCGUGGAGCGCGGGGACAGAACGCUCUGAGGCAGAUCCUGGCACCGGUGGUUAAAGACAUCCUGGAAGACAAAGCGUUAAACAUUAAAACCGACCCAGUGGACAUCUAUAAGAGCUGGGUCAACCAAAUGGAGACACAGACUGGGGAAGCCAGUAAGCUGCCUUACGAUGUGACGCCAGAGCAGGCGAUGGCUCAUGAGGAGGUGAGGACGAGACUGGAAGCCUCCAUCAAGAACAUGAAAACCAUCACUGACAAAUUCCUGUCUGCUAUAUUUGUCUCGGUGGACAAAAUCCCCUAUGGAAUGCGGUUCAUCUCCAAGGUGCUCAAGGACACCCUCCAUGAGAAGUUCCCAGAUGCUACGGAGGAUGAACUGCUCAAGAUUGUGGGGAACCUCUUGUAUUACCGCUACAUGAACCCGGCCAUCGUGGCACCAGAUGCCUUUGACAUCAUAGAGGUGUCAGCAGGUGGACAGCUGACAACUGAGCAGCGGCGAAACCUGGGCUCUGUAGCCAAGAUGCUGCAGCAUGCUGCCUCCAAUAAGAUGUUCCUGGGUGACAACGCCCACCUCAAUCCCAUCAACGAAUAUCUCAGCGCCUCAUAUCAGAAAUUCAGGCGUUUCUUCCUGGCAGCUUGUGAUGUUCCCUCACUGGAAGAUAAGUUCAAUGUGGAUCAGUACUCCGACUUAGUCACCGUUUCCAAACCGGUCAUCUACAUCUCCAUCGGAGAGAUCAUCAACACUCACACACUGCUGCUGGACCAUCAGGAUGCCAUCACUCCAGAACACAAUGACCCGAUCCAUGAGCUGCUGGAGGACCUGGGCGAGGUUCCCACUAUAGAGUCCCUUAUUGGAGAAAAUCCUCUUCCUCCUGGUGACCCCAGCAAAGAGCUGAUGGGAAAAACUGAGGUUUCACUCACACUCACAAACAAGUUUGAUGUGCCCGGUGAGGCCAACAUUGAGGUGGAUGCCAAGACACUGUUGCUCAACACCAAGAGGCUCAUUGUGGAUGUGAUCAGGUUCCAGUGUGGGGACACUCUCACAGAGGUCCUGGACUUAACAGCGAGCCCAGAACAGGAAGCAGAAUACCAGCGUGCCAUGCAGAGAAGGGCCGUCCGAGAUGCCAAGACCCCAGAGAAGAUGAAGCAGGUCAAACCGGUGGUGGACGACAGCCUGACACUGCAGGGGAAGAAGGACAAGAUCAAGAGCAACCUGUCGAGGCUGGCAGAGCUUGGCAAGGUUCACCCCGAUAACCGCUACCAGGACCUCAUCAAUGACAUUGCCAAGGACAUCAGGAAUCAGAGACGGUAUCGCCAGCGUAGGAAAGCUGAGCUGGUGAAGCUUCAGCAGACAAACACCGCUCUGAAUUCUAAGACUGAUUUUUUUAAUAAGCAGAUUGAUCAAUACAAUCAGUAUAUCACGACAUGUAUGGACAACCUGGCCUUUAAGAGCAAGUUGUCAAAGAAAUCAGGUGACAACAAGUCCAAGAAGAGUAAACAGGUCUCACAGAAGUACACUGCCGCUCGCCUCCACGAGAAGGGCAUACUGAUCUCCAUAGAGGAUCUGCAGCGCAACCAGUUCAAGAAUGUUAUUUUUGAGAUUUCACCAUCAGAGGCUGUCGGAGUGUUUGAUGUGAAUGCCAAGUUCAUGGGUGUGCACUUGGAGACAUUACAGUUAAAAUAUCAGGAUCUCCUCCAGCUGCAGUAUGAAGGGGUGGCGGUGAUGAAGCUCUUCGACAGGGCCACCAUCAAUGUCAACCUGCUCAUUUUCCUGCUCAACAAGAAAUUUUAUGGAAAAUAGAGAAUCAGGAAAAAAAGGGAAAGAGACUGAUUAAACCACAAAGCCCUCUUUAAGGGGUUGCUAAGAGCGCUGACCUGCACCAUCCUGGCUUUCCUACACAUUCUCUACUGCACUUCUCUUAUGUGCCUAUGCAAAUUUAUGUGCAUUAUUUUUAUUAUGUGGAUCUCCAUUUGUGCUUUAUUCUCAAUGGAACACUCUAUUGUCCAUCUCGAGCAAGCGAACCACAAAAGCUUGCCAGAGUCUCCUUACUGUCUUUGUAACUGCAUCUACGUCAGAGGUUGAAGAUUUUUUUUUUUUUUUGCUUUAAAUAUGAAUAUCUUGUGCAUGAGCUUUGAUUUAUUCUAAAAUGUAUGUUUUAUGUAAAGAGAUUGUGUUUUAUGUCUUUCUUAGCUGUUAGUUCAUCUGCUCACCUAAACAACAUCAUCAAAAAGAAGGAGCAUACUUUUCAGCAGAGAUGUAGUACACAAGACAGCCUUUUGCAAGUCUUGUCCUGGUCUUGGACUCUACGGCGUUGAAUCCUCUUGGGCAUGUUUUGUGUUUGACUUUUGUGUACAAAUUAGAAAAAAAGAAUGAGUUGGAAGAGGAUUUUUUUUUUUUCACAAGAUUCAACUCUGCUCUCUCUUAAUUUGAACUUGACCCACCUUGACUCAUUCUAAAUGAACACAAAUGCUGAAUUUGAAGCCAACUGAAAGUUGUCAAACAUGGUUUAAAAAACAAGUUGCAGAAACAAAAUAACCAUGCUCAUAUUGAGCAUUUGACAACAUUUUUUUAUAGAUAUAUAUAUAAAAAUUAUAAUAAUAAUAAAAUUUAAUAUUUUUUUGCAUAACUACGACAAAUUUACACCACUCCAAUCCAUUAGUAUUUCUAAUCUUACCUGACGGGUGAGGGUGUUGAGUUUGUCUUGGACUUGACAAAACUGUCCGUACUUACAAGCUUCAUGAUCAGAACUGAAAUGAUGCAUUGAAAUAAACUACUAUCCAACAGUG